CGGCCAUCCAGAAUGCUGGUCCACCCACUCUUAUAACAUUGGCAACUGGCGCACCCAACAGUACACUGUUUCCAUUUCAUGAAGCAACCAUUACACUGAAAGAUGGCUCUUCCUUCAAGCUGAGUGACUCCCUGAUGACAGCAGCCUUGCAGUAUGGACCCACACCAGGGUUUACUCCAUUAGUGAAGUGGCUGAAGGGGCUCCAGCAGAGAUUGCACAACCCUCCCACCUUGACCAGACCGGGACCAGAGGGCGGACUGGACCUGGUGGUCACUACAGGGAGUAUGGACGGUCUGGCCAAGGCUUUUGAUAUGUUGAUAAAACCAGGUGACAAUAUUCUUAUUGAUACACCAACAUAUGCAGGGACUUUAUCAGCACUACAUCCACUGGGCUGCAACUUCCUAGAUGUCCAGACAGACCACUGUGGCAUGGUUCCUGAUGCCCUGAGAAACAAACUGUCAAAGUGGACCCCUGGAGAUUCCAAAAAAGCUGACUCUGACAUCCCCAAGGUGCUUUACACCAUACCAAAUGGCUGUAACCCCACAGGGGCCUCACUGACUGAGAGUAGAAAGAGAGAGAUAUAUAAG